AUGUUGACCGGUUUUCACAAUUCCUUGUGUGCAACAGUUCAAGCUCUUAAAACGAUAUCAAGGAAACUGCAGAUAAAUUACUGGAACAUUAACCAAACCUUUUGCAGUGGGGGUAAUGUUUUGAAUGUGAUAGUCCCCGAUGAUAUUCUUAGCAAUGUUACUUGCAAUUGUAACACCACCGUCUGCCACGUCACAAACAUCCAGCUGAAGGGUCUAAAUUUAACAGGAGAACUACCAGCCGAAUUUGCAAAUCUUAGUCACCUGCAAGAAAUUGAUCUCACUCGCAACUUCAUUAACGGAUCAAUUCCUACAUCUUUUGCUCAACUCCCACUGACCAUUCUGUCCAUUUUGGGAAACCGAAUCAGUGGUUCAAUUCCUAAGGAGAUUGGUGACAUUGCUACCCUUGAGCAGCUGGUUUUGGAAGAUAAUCAGCUUGGGGGACCUCUUCCUUCGAACCUCGGAAGCUUGAGCCACUUGAGUAGAGUACUUCUUUCUGCUAACAAUUUUACGGGAACGCUGCCAGAAACAUUCAGCAAUCUAAAGAACUUAACGGAUUUUAGGAUAGAUGGGAGUAAACUGUCCGGGAAGAUACCAGAUUGGAUUGGGAACUGGACGAUACUUGAUAGACUUGAUCUGCAAGGCACGUCCAUGGACGGACCCUUUCCAGCUACCAUAUCCCAAUUGAAAAACUUAACUCAGUUGCGAGUAACUGAUUUGAAUGGACCAACCACGAGUUUCCCAGAUCUGCGGGAUAUGACAAAAUUGGAAGAACUGAUAUUGAGAAAUUGCUUAAUUACUGAUUCACUCCCGGAAUACAUUGGUGAAAUUACUGCACUUAAAACUUUAGACCUGAGCUUCAACAGGUUGACAGGUCAAAUUCCAGGGACAUUUCAGAGUUUGAAUCUUAAUUACAUGUUUCUGAACAACAACUCACUAAGUGGAACAAUACCUGACUGGAUACUCAACAACAAAUAUAACAUGGAUGUAUCUUACAACAACUUUACAGAGCCUUCUCCAUUUGCUUGCCAGUCAUCAAGCGUGAAUUUAGCUUCCAGCUACUCUUCUGUGGAGGGCAACUCAAUUGCUUGGUGCUUGAAGAAGGACCUUCCUUGCUCGCAAAAUCCCCAAUACCAUUCCUUGUUUAUCAAUUGUGGAGGAAGCGACACAACCUUUGAUGGGAAUGAUUAUGAAGCAGACUUAGCCACACAGGGUCCAUCAUACUUUUAUGUUUCUUCAGAAAAAUGGGCUUAUAGCAGUACAGGGGUUUUCAUGGGCAAUGACGGUGCUAGUUACAAAGCAAACAACUCUUUCUCUUUGAAUGUGACUGAUGAGAUAUACAGAACAGCACGCCUUUCCCCUACUUCACUUAAGUACUAUGGCCUUUGCUUGCGUAAAGGCAGUUAUAAAGUUCGACUUCACUUUGCUGAAAUAAUGUAUUCUAAUGACCAGACAUAUAGUAGCCUUGGGAAGCGGAUUUUUGAUGUAUCAAUCCAAGGGAAUGUAUUUUUGAAGGAUUUUAACAUUAUGGAGGAAGCUAAAGUUGCUGGCAAAGACAUCACUAAGGAAUUUAAUGUCCUCGUUAAUGGCAGCACUCUAGAGAUCCACUUAUACUGGUCUGGGAAAGGGACUACUGCAAUUCCUGACAGAGGUGUAUAUGGACCUCUUAUAUCUGCUAUUUCAGUGACACCAAACUUUGAUCCUAAUACUGGUAAGGGACUUUCUGUUGGAGCUAUCAUUGGUAUCGUGGCUGCUUCAUGUGUGGUCGUUGCGUUGAUUUUGUUUGUACUUCGAAUGAAAGGUUACUUAGGAGGGCAAGACCUUGAAAAUGAAGAACUUCGAGCGCUAGAUCUGCAAACAGGUUAUUUCACUCUAAGACACAUCAAAACUGCUACUAGUAACUUUGACCCUGCAAACAAGAUUGGUGAAGGAGGAUUUGGACCGGUUUACAAGGGUGUACUGUCAGAUGGUACAGUAAUUGCUGUUAAGCAGCUUUCCUCCAAAUCUAAGCAAGGAAAUCGCGAGUUUGUCAAUGAGAUAGGCAUGAUAUCUGCCCUACAACACCCAAACCUUGUGAGGCUUUAUGGCUGUUGCAUUGAAGGAAACCAGUUGUUGCUAAUUUAUGAAUACUUGGAAAACAAUUGUCUUGCUCGUGCACUCUUUGGUCGCAAUGAACACAAGCUGAACUUGGAUUGGCUAACAAGAAAGAGAAUAAGCUUAGGAAUAGCAAAGGGCUUAGCAUAUCUUCACGAGGAGUCAAGGUUGAAAAUCGUUCAUAGAGACAUUAAGGCUACCAAUGUGCUGCUUGAUAAGGAUCUGAAUGCUAAGAUAUCUGACUUUGGUUUAGCCAAGCUUGAUGAGGAAGAGAACACCCAUAUCAGCACUAGAAUUGCUGGAACAAUAGGAUAUAUGGCUCCUGAAUAUGCAAUGAGGGGUUAUUUGACGGACAAAGCAGAUGUUUACAGCUUUGGAAUUGUUUUAUUGGAGAUUGUCAGUGGGAAAAGCAAUACAAAUUACAGGCCAAAGGAGGAGUUUGUUUACCUUCUUGAUUGGGCUUAUGUUUUACAAGAGCAGGGAAACCUUUUAGAACUGGUAGAUCUGAGUCUUGGUUCAAACUACUCAAAAGAAGAGGCGAUGAGGAUGUUAAACUUGUCUCUUUUAUGCACCAACCCAUCUCCCACUCUCAGACCAUCCAUGUCUUCUGUGGUGAGUAUGAUCGAGGGCAAUAGUCCAGUUCAAGCUCCGAUAGUGAAGCGUAGUUCAGAGAACGAGGACAUGAGGUUUAAAGCCUUGGAGAAGCUAUCACAGGACAGCCAGACACACGUCUCGUCAUUCUCUCAGGACAGUCUGGUGCAGAGGAGCAUAUCAAUGGAUGGGCCAUGGAUUGAUUCCUCCAUCUCUAUCCAAAGUAAUAAGAAUGGGUCUGUGAAGGAAGAAACUUCAUCAAGAAAGCUUCUUUCAGAUCUUUAUGAUGUGAAUUUACACUGAUUAACCGAAAUGAGAUGUGCAACUGUGGCGCUUUGAAAUUAUAUUUUGUAAAUUUUGUGAAGUUAGCCAACCUGUCCUUUAAAUGAUUUUAGAAAGUAAUGAAGUUUGAUUUGUUAAAAAGCUAUUGUCUAUUUUUUUAGACUAACAAACUGUAUCAUCCGAGUGUGUCUAUUUGGACCACUUUGGUCCCUCCCUCCUGGGAAUGAAUGCUUUUAUAUUUUGCGUUUUUCUGAAAUUUCCAAAGCCAUCCAUGCACAUAAAGCUUGGUAUAUCAGCA